AUGACAACGCCGGACGGCAAUAUGAAGAACCUGUCUGGGCGACAAGCCCGCUGGUUAGAACACAUCUCGGAGUUUAAUUUCAGUAUAGAAUAUGUCCCUGGGGUGGAGAAUGUUCUUGCGGACGCGCUGUCUCGUAUCUACUCUAACGACAGGCCUGGUACUGUACGGGCACCGUCUGAAUACACCUCCUUCGAUGAGGAGGGCGACUUCGGCUCCUCCCUUCGUACCUUCGCCAUCUCGGUGCCCGUCCUUGUCGACCCGGAAUCUGUUGUCGCAGCGGAGGCUGCUGAGGCGGUUCCGGGGCCGACAGUGGCAACCACACGAGUCCUACGGCCGCGGCCGCCCAGACCUCUGGUACAGGAGCGUCGGGCUCGGCGCAAGCGAGACCCGAGCGCACCCGAAUCCAAGGCACAUGCUACUGCAUCAGUGCCAAAUUUUUCUGUGGAUGACCAGGCUCAGGAAAACUUACCCGGGCCUAAGGGGCACGAGGGCACGUCCGCAGUCGCCGGCCUCCCGCUCGGGUGA